AUGGUAGUUCCACAUCCUUUUGGUUGUCAACUUGGAUUGGUGAUGUUCCUCUCUCAAUUUCCUUUCUGCGGUUUUUUUUUAUCCUCUCAAAAGGAGUGCUUAGUGGAGGAGUUUUAUUCGAAUGAUGGGGUUAAUGGCAAUUGGUCUUUAUUUUGGCGGAGAACCUUGUUUCAAUGGGAGCUUGACCUCCUUGGUUCUUUGAAAGAGCUUUUGGAGCCGGUGAGGUUGUCGUCGGUGGAGGAUUUUUGGAGGUGGUUGCCGAAUACGGAUGGGACUUUCUCGAUUAAUUCUUCUUAUAAUUACCUUGUUAAGGAACUCCGGUAUUCGGAAGGGUUGGACUUUGAGGCGGCGGAGGUGUUCAAACAAUUAUGGGAAAGCCCGACACCUUCAAAGGUAAUUGCAUUUUCUUGGCAAUUACUCUAUGAUAGGUUCCCAUCUAGGAGUAACCUUAUUUACCGUGGAAUUCUUGCCCCGGAUGCACCUAGGGACUGUGUUGGAUGUGUGGGUGUGGUUGAAUCUUCUAACCAUAUUUUUUUCCAUUGUUCGAACACUUUUUUUUUGGUUUGGAAUGCGAUCUUCCGUUGGAUCGGGGUGGUGGUUGUUAUUCCUCCAAAUUCGUCGGUGCUUUUUGAAGUGAUAAGAGGUGCAGCAAAAAGUAACAAGGAUCGACAAGGCUUCUUAAUGAUUUGGCAUGCAACUCUUUGGACUAUUUGGAAGACGCGAAAUAAUAUUUUCUCAAAUGGUUCGAUUGAUUCAACUGUUAUGGUAGAUGAAAUUAAAGUUUUAAGUUGGAGAUGGAGUUUAGCUACAACAAAGAUGUCGCCGUGUUUGUUCUAUGACUGGACUUGGGAUCCAGGAGAUUGCUUAUCCCGCUGA